AUGAAGCCUGAUUAUUUUAUGCUAUCUUUACUCAUUCCUGGACCACAAUCACCGGGAAAUGACAUUGAUGUCUAUCUUCAACCGUUGAUUGAAGAAUUAAAAGAAUUAUGGGAGUCAGGUGUCGAAACAUAUGAUUCGAAAGAAAACAAAACAUUCAACAUGAGAGCGUGCCUUUUGUGGACAAUUAAUGACUUCCCUGCGUAUGCUAUGUUAUCUGGGUGGAGUACAAAGGGAAAAUUGGCUUGUCCAUGUUGUAAUGAUGAGACUUCUUCUAUCUAUCUGAAACAUAGUCACAAGACUGUUUAUAUGGAUCACCGAAGGUUUUUACCCAUGAAUCAUCCAUGGAGGCAUAACAAAAGAUCUUUCAAUGGAAAAACUGAACUCAGGUCUCCACUGCAGUUGUUAGAAGGUUCAGCUGUAUUUGAUAUAUUGCGAGAGAAGUCCAACAUGUUUAGACACAACCUUGAUGUCAUGCACAUAGAGAAGAAUAUAGUUGAUAGCAUAAUUGGAACUCUUUUAGAUAUUCCCGGAAAGAUGAAAGAUCAUGCAGCUGCUCGUUUUGACCUUAAAGACAUGGGUAUCAGGAAAAACCUUCAACCAAAAGAUACGAAGGAUGGGAAAAAAACUAAGUUAGCAAAGGCAUGCUUUUCAAUGACUCCAGCAGAGAAAAUAAUCUUUUGUAGUGUGUUGAAAGCGGCAAAUUUACCAGACGGUAGCGCUUCCAAUAUUGCUCGAUGUGUGCAUGAAACAGAAAAGAAGAUUUCUGGUUACAAGACCCAUGAUGCUCAUUUCAUGUUGCAUUACUUGUUGCAAGUACCAAUCAAGAGCAUACUUCCUGACCAUGUUGCCAUCGCUCUAGUUCGAUUAUGUUCAUUUUUUCGCCGAAUAUGUCAGAAAGUAAUUAGCCUGGAUGAGGUAGUUAACUUAGAAGCAGAGAUUGCUGAGACAUUGUGCCAAUUGGAGAGGAUUUUCCCUCCUAGCUUUUUUGACAUAAUGGUGCACUUGCCUAUUCAUUUGGCAAAUGAGGUGAGGUUAGGUGGUCCAGUUCAAUAUCGUUGGAUGUACCCUGUUGAACGAGAGCAUGAGGAGGCAGUUAAUGAUAACAAUCCACGAAGAACAAAGUGGGAGAAAGCCAAGGACCGCAGUCAACAAUUUUCAGAAUGGUUUAAAAUUUGUGCCAUGAAAAAGGAUGUGCCUGGUUGGGCAAAAGGGUUGGCUAGGGGUCCAAAUCGAGUUGCAAAAAGAUUUUCAGGUUAUAUUAUCAAUGGGUAUAGGUUCCAUACAAGGCACCGUGAUGUGAGACGUAAAACUCAAAAUAGUGGUGUCACAUUAGAGGCAUUGACUCUUAGUUUUGCUAGUGUGAAAGAUAAGAACCCAAUUGAAGCAAAAGUAGCCUACUAUGGUAGAAUAGUUGAUAUGUUUGAGUUAGAUUAUUAUGGCCAAUUUAAGGUAGUCUUGUUUAAGUGUGAGUGGUAUACAGUUGCAAAAGACAACUUUGGUCUUUCAUAUGUGUAUUUCAAUAGAAAAUGCUACCAAGAAGAACCAUUUGUGCUGGCAUUUCAAGUAAACCAAUACUUUUAUGUGCAAGACCCAUAUGUUAGGGACAAGCACAAUGUUAUGAAAACAAUUCCAAGAGAUUUAUUUAGGGUAAGUGAUGACCUUGAGUCUGAUUCCCCCAUAAUAUAUGCAAGGGAGCCAUGCGAACCUGAAGUGAUUCCAAGUCUUCCAAAUGAUAAUGGCGAAAUUGAUCUAGUGAGGAAUGAUCUACGAGCAACUAUUAUAGAUAUGGAUCAAAACAUGUUUGCCAAACAAUAUUGUGAGGAAGACGAGGAAAACGAAUAUGAGUACAUGGAGGACCUUGACUCUGAAACAUCUUGA